GCAGGGACUCCUUUCCCCUCUGGAUGUGCCUCCCCGACUUUCCCAAACUCUGCGAAACACCGCAGGUGUGAGCUGGCUGCCCAGGGGUGUCCCCAUCCCAGCACGGUGCCGUGCCCAUCCCAUGGCACAAUGGUCACUGGCACCUGGGCACACUGAUUUUGGGGCUGAAAACGUGCUGGUGAGUAAUGAGUGAUCUCCUUGCCAGAUUUAAUGGGGGAACGUUUGGGCAGCCCCACAUAAAGACCAGGAUCGGUUAGGACAAAGCCUAACAAAUCUCCUCGCUGUCCUGCUGGGAGCUUGGAUAAAAUGCUGAAAAAAAGAAGAUCCACGAGACACAGAGCAGCUGACCCAGCUUCAAAAAUGUGAGUGACUCAUGGCUCCUCCAGCAAAAGGACCAGGAGCAGUGUCUGGGUUGGUGCAGGAGCCCCACAGGACACAGAGGGGGUGACGAUGAGAGGAAUCUGGCUGGGUGUGCCCGUUGGACACCUGCUGGCUCUGGGACACAGGCACAAAUGGAGAAACACGACAGAUUCCAGAAAGUUCAGGCUGUUCUUCUGCCUGGUUGGGCUCAGCAGUGCCAGCUUCUGGUUUUUCUUCCUCUGGACCCAAUUCUGCACGUCCUGUGAGAGCAGCCAGGGUUACAUGGAGACUUUCAGGAGGACUGAAGGGAACUUCUCCCAGCUCCCAGAUGUUGACUGCCACAAGAACCCUCCUUUCCUUGUCCUGCUGGUGGCCUCCUCGUCCCAGCAGGUGGAUGCCAGGAUGGCCAUCAGGCACACCUGGGGCCAGGCCAGGACAGUGACUGGGAAGCGCCUGGUGACGUUUUUCCUCCUGGGGAGCCCUGAGAAUGCCAGCCAGCAGGCUGGCAUCGCUGCUGAGAGCCAGAGGUACAGAGACAUCAUCCAGAAGAACUUCACAGACACCUAUUACAACCUGACCCUGAAGACCAUGAUGGGAAUGGAGUGGAUCCACAGGUUUUGCCCCCAGUCCAGCUUUGCCAUGAAAACCGACACGGAUGUGUUUGUCAAUGUUUUUUACCUCACUGAGCUCCUCCUGAGGAAAAAGAAGACUGCUGGAUUCUUCACAGGCUUUUUAAAACUGCAUGAGUUCCCCAUCAGGACAAGAGAGAGUAAGUGGUAUGUGAGCAGGGAGGAGUAUCCAGGAACCACCUACCCACCCUUUUGUUCUGGGACUGGGUAUGUUUUAUCCAGUGAUGUAGCCAGCCAGAUCUAUAACAUUUCUGAGAGUGUUCCAUUCAUUAAACUGGAGGAUGUGUUCAUAGGCCUGUGCCUUGCCAAGUUAAAAAUCCAGCUGGAGGAGCUGCACUCGGAGCAGACGUUUUUCCCGGAAAGGAUCGCGUUCUCUGCUCCUCGCUUCAGGAGAAUCGUGACGUGCCAUGGGAUAAACCCCCCUGAGCAGCUGAGAUACUGGAACCACUUAGUGGCAGGGACUCAAGGAGUGCCCCCCACUCCAGCAAACUCCCAAUUAACUCCAGCUCCAUCACAUUAAUGACUUUGAAAUGGUUAUUUUAAUCACAGAAUCAAAGAACUCUUAAGGUUGGAGAAGACCUCCAAGGUCAUUGAGUCAAACCUUUGACAAAACAUCCCCUUGUCAACUAAACCAGAGCACUGAGUGUCACAUCCAGUCAUUCCUUGAACCCCUCCUGGGCAGCCCCUUCCAGUGCUUAACCACCCUUUCUGUGAAAAAUUCCCUAUUUCUGCCCAAGAACAUGCAAUCCUUCUCUCCCAUCCACUCCCACCUCUGUGCAUCCCUUCUCUACACAAGUUACAAUAAUUUUUAUUUUUUUUCCUGAAAAAUUCAGGGUUAGCAACCCUCCAAAUCCUGCUGCCAGAGGCCUGGGAACAUUUCUGCUGUGCCAAACAAAAAAUUCAAAGCAUUUUUGUUCAGAGAAUCAAAUCUGCACCAUCUUCCUGGUUGCCCCUUGAUAAAUGACUGCACCCAUCUGUGCAGGCUCUUAAGGAAUGGUAUUUGUGGCUGUCAGGAUGCUCCCUCCUGGCAGAGGAAGCUGCAGCCCUGCCCUUGCAGCCAGCUCUGUGUGGGCUGAGCUGCAUCCUGGCACAGAUCCCUCCUUCAGUCUUCACCAUUUUAUUAAUUUAUUUUUUUUCUGCAGAGAUGGUGGAAUUUGCCCAUGCAAUGCUCUAGGGACAACCUUGGGCACUGCAGGUCACCUGGUGGAUGUGUAAAAGCUGCUGCUGUGUGUGCUGUGUGUG